CUAGCGUGAGGGCCCCGCGCCUGCGCAGUGGGAAGGCUUCGCUCUGGGUUCGCGUUCGCGCGGGCUGGUCCCGGCGAAGUUGGCGCCGCGGGAAACGCGAGGGCGGGGCCGGACACCGCCCUGCACACCCGAGGCCCGGUGCACGGUGCACGGCAGGUGGAGCCGCCACGCUGGAGUUGGAGCUGGAGUUCGGUGGAGCGGGAGGCCAGCGGCUCCUCCCCGCCGCCCCGGGCGCAGAGAAUGGGCCCGAAGCAGUGGCCUCGGGGCGGAAAGGCCGUGCCCAGAGCGUGCUGCGCUGGUUCACCACCUUGGUGCUGUGUGCCGCCUUCCUGGGGCUGGGACUGAGCGUUGCUAUCCUGGGGCCCACCUUUCCAGACCUGGCAAAGAACGUGAACAGGAACAUCAGCAGCCUGUCUCUGAUUUUUGUGGGCCGCGCCUCAGGAUAUUUAUGUGGCUCUAUGAUCGGAGGAGUCCUUUUUGGCUGUAUAAAUCAUUUUUUACUUUUGGGGAUGUCCCUUUCUGCCACCACGGCUGGUCUUUAUCUCAUGCCAUUCUGCAAGACAGCAGCCUUACUGAUUGUCAUGACGUCCAUCUUCGGGAUCUCAAUGGGUAUUCUGGACACAGGUGGGAACGUCCUCAUCUUGGAUCUUUGGGGGGACAAAGGAGCCCCCCAUAUGCAGGCCUUGCACUUCAGUUUCGCCUUGGGUGCCUUCCUGGCUCCCCUGCUGGCUAAAUUGGCCUGGGGCACCACAGCAUCCGCUCAGAACCACACCGAGUCCGACUUUGACCCUCUAAUGCUGAACCGAUCCUCCAAAGCCUCCUCAGACUCUGUGUUCGCGGUACCCGAGGACAUGAAUUUGCUGUGGACAUACGCUUCCAUCGGCACCUAUGUCUUAGUCGUUUCUGUCUUUCUGUUUGGUCUGUUUUGUAAGAAACAUUCAAGGCAGAAAAAGUCCUCAGCAUCUGCUCAGGGAGCUCGAAGGGCUAAAUAUCACAGGGCCCUGCUCUGCCUCCUCUUCCUGUUCUUCUUCUUCUAUGUGGGAGCUGAGGUGACCUACGGCUCUUACAUAUUCUCCUUCGCCACCACCCACGUUGGCAUGGAAGAGAGCGAGGCAGCUGGCUUGAACUCCAUCUUCUGGGGAACCUUUGCAGCCUGCAGGGGCCUGGCCAUCAUCUUUGCGACAUUCCUACAGCCUGGAACCAUGAUUGUGUUGUGUAACAUUGGCAGCCUGGCCUCGUCUUUAUUUCUGGUUCUUUUUGACAAGAGCCCUCUCUGUCUCUGGAUCGCGACUUCUGUGUAUGGAGCCUCAAUGGCGGCCACGUUUCCCAGCGGCAUCUCCUGGAUUGAGCAGUACACCACCUUAACUGGGAAAUCCGCAGCAUUCUUUGUAGUUGGCGCUGCCCUAGGAGAAAUGGCCAUUCCUGCAGUGAUCGGAAUUCUUCAGGGACACUACCCGGAUCUGCCAGUAGUUCUGUACACAGGUCUGGGCUCAGCCAUAUUCACGGCUGUUUUAUUUCCUGUGAUGUAUAAAUUAGCCACCUUACCCCUGCAACGCCAGCACAAAGGAAGGAAGAGUGAGGACCAGAAAGCUUUGCUCUCCAGCUCUGAGCUGCACGACUGUGAGGAAGAGAACGAGGAGGAGGAUGCGGAAAAGUGGAACGAGAUGGAUUUUGAAGUGGUUGAAAUGAGUGAUCCAGUACAGGAGUCUGCGGGGGAGACGUCUAGAGAUGCGAUGGAGCCCGCGGCUGAGGGCUUCGGUCAGGUCCUUCCAGAUGCACCAAUCGUUGAGCCGUUUGCUGCUAGCAAUGGUAAGUCUCUAGUGAAUCAUCAGGACAAAAGGGAAUAACACUCAGGUGACAGAUUACCGAAUGACUUACCGAGUGACCUCGUGACAGCCGCUCCUGAAGACACCAUUCAGAGCCCAGCUCUGGCCGACUUUGAGCUUGCUUCUGUUUCCAGGAAGUGGUGACAUCAUCUGGGGUGUUUUGGAUUCUCAGUGUCCUGUAAACGACUGUUUGCUCUUGUGUACUAGGACCUCAUUAGGAAACUGUUUUGUGUUCUCCACCUUACAAAAGGCGUGGAAGAACUUUGUAGUGUUCCAGGGGGGCCACACUGUGGAAAACAAGCUGUUUUGCUGAGCGGUGCUCGUGCAUCCGCACCCCGACGGGUGAACUGUCAUGUCAAAGAGCAUCUUUGGAGAUGGAAAGACAUUUUCCUUUCUUUUACCCACUGUGUAGGGUUGAACUGAAUAAUACUGCCGACUGUGUAUGUAUUCCUGUGAGAACACGCAGCUGGGCCUUCUAGGGACCUAGCUUCCUCCCUGAGUUCAUGUUCAGCUCUGACAACAACUGGGUUUAUUUUUGAUCUCCUGUGAUUCUAGAAAUGCAACUGAGAUUAUUUUCAACUUUCAGGGAUUUUGUUUUGUUUCUUGAGUCUUACUUUAUAGUCCAGGCUGGCCUGGAGUUUGCUAAGUAGGCCAGGCUGGCCUCUAACUCGCCGUUCUGUUUCUGCCUCCUGAGUUUUGUAAUAGAGGCAUGUGCCACCAUGUAUGGUAAAGAAUGUAAAUUUUAAAGUUGUAUAAUAUUUUUGUUAAAAUAGUCCAUUUCGAAUGUGUAAACCAAAACUGACGGGUAGCCCUGUGAGCCUGCAGGAGCUUGUGCAAUCCUGAAGUUUGGCAGGUGUGGUAUUUAGUGGCGCUCCUGCAUUGAUUGAUUUACGACACGCCCUUUUCCUUACAUUCAAGGAUCAAUUUUAUUCUUGUUUCCUACACAUUUAAAAAAACCAAAAACGUCUCGCCAAUCACUGUCAUGUUCAUGGGUACAGCAGUUCAUUGCAUUUCAGAGAUUGUAGUACUUUCACUGACACUUUAAAAAGAGGUUAUUUUUAUAUACUGUUGUCUGUGUUAUUCAGAGAGCAUCUGGGGACAUGUUGAUUUUAUACUAUCAGCUUUUCUUUUGUCUAGUGCUGUUGACUUAACACGGGACCUUGCACUUGCUAGUUAAGGGCUCUACCUGUGAGCUAAGUUCCCAGCGCUUAGGUUUGAAUUAUAGAAGCUGUUUUAAAGUUCCUGUGUAAGCUGCAGUGGAACGGAUGGAUCCUCCGGUGCCCUCAGCGUGCCUCAUUAACCCAGGCUGCAGCUGGGCCUUGCCGCUUUAGGAUUUGACCCUCACUGGCUUGGGGUAUUACAUAUAGUCUGUAAGCCAGGCUAAAAGUUUAGUUUACAGAUGAGGACUCAUCUGUUCGUGGUGACCAUAGAACCCAUGCCCCUCACAGGACCACUCCAUGAGUUUAAAGGGCCUGGAAAGACUGGGAUGGCCUAGGAGGCAGCGAUGAGGGGUGUGGCUUCACAGGUGUGACAGAGCUAGUCUGGGCCAGCCUUUGGUAAAUGCCCUGUACCUUUUCCUGAGUUUCAUGCCGAGUGACAAUGAAUUACUACGUGACAGCAAUAUGUUUGAAAUCUCUUAGCAAAUUUUAAGAAUUUGUUUUUUUUUUUAAAGUGCUUACUUUCCUAAAAAAUAAAAAAAGAUGAACCUUU